AUGUUUGUUUACAUCCUGAGCCCCAGAUUCCUCGUCACCCGCGUCGACGUCACCACUUCGGUCCGCCCACCAGAAUCCGCGCGAAAUACAGUCGACGAAGCACUCAUGCCCGCUUCAGCCGCCAUCGCUCUAACGUCCUCCCUCAAGCGGCCUCUGCGCUCCGACGCCCUGGCGAUCUCCUCAGACAGAACCCCGACAGGAACAACAGGAGCUCAGACUCAGUCAGGAGGCCCACCUCAGCCCUCACAUCUUUACCAAAACCAAACCGUGGAUGAUGGAGAGAGGGGUAUUCUACCUAUCAUCAUAACUGAAGAGAUCAAAACAGAUCCUGAUGGAGAGGGCUACAGAGUACCAGAACCAACCAGUGAUCAGCCCCUCUCAGUUCAUCCAGACUACUCUGCUGCAGUAGAGAAGCCAUAUCAGUGUAAACAAUGUAGCAACAGCUUCACACGUAAGGGACACUUGACCAUCCAUUCAAGGACACACACAGGAGAGAACCCCUAUCAGUGCAAACAAUGUGGCAAAAGGUUUAACCAGAAGAGCAACUUGACCAUCCAUACAAGGGUACACACAGGAGAGAAUCCCUAUCAAUGCAAACAAUGUGGCAAAAUGUUUAACCAGAAGGGACACUUGACCGUUCAUUCACGGAUACAUACAGGGAGAGAGCCAUAUCAGUGCAAAGACUGUGACAAAGCCUUCAACCAGAAGAUAGAACUGACAUUGCAUAUGAGAGCUCAUACAGGAGAGAGACCAUAUAUCUGUCCUGUAUGCAAGAAAGGUUACAUCGCAUUAAGCUAUUUAAGACUUCAUCAGCGUGUUCACAAAGGGGAGAAAUCUUACCAGUGCAAAUAUCAGGAAGACCCACCUCAGCCCUCACAUCUUUACCAAAACCAAACUGUGGAUGACGGAGAGAGGGGUAUUCUACCUAUCAUCAUAACUGAGGAGAUCAAAACAGAACCUGAUGMAGAGGGCUACAGAGUACCASAACCAACCAGUGAUCAGCCCKUCUCAGUUCAUCRAGACUGCUCUGCUGCAGUGGAGAAACUAUAUCAGUGUAGACAAUGUGGCAAAAGCUUUACUCGUAAGGGACACUUGACCAUCCAUUCAAGAACACACACAGGAGAGAAAUCUUAUCUGUGCAAACAAUGUGACAAAUGGUUUAACCAGAAAGGUGACUUGGACAGACAUACAAGGGUACACACAGGAGAGAAUCCAUAUCAGUGCAAACAAUGUGGCAAAAGGUUUAGCCAGAAGGGAAGCUUGACAGUCCAUUCAAGGAUACAUACAGGGGAGAGACCAUAUCAGUGCAAAGACUGUGGCAAAGCCUUCAACCAGAAGAUAGAAUUGACAUUGCACAUGAGAGCUCAUACAGGAGAGAGACCAUAUAGCUGUCCUGUAUGCAGGAAYGGUUACAUUGCAUUAAGCUAUUUAAGACGUCAUCAGCGUGUUCACACAGGGGAGAAACCUUACCAGUGCAACGAAUGUUACAAAUGCUUUGGUUAUAAACAUCGCCUAACAUCACAUAUGAGCACUCAUACUAAAGGGCAUAAAUGAUAUUACUGCACUGAGUGUAAUAAUAGCCUGAAAUGAAAACAACAAAUUAA